AUGGAACAUCAACAUUAUCAAACUAAUAAUGAUGAGAACGAUAUUGAUGAUGAAAAAUUUGCAACUAAUAAUGUAAAUGAACUUGAAAACUCAACUGAUAAUGAUACUGAAGAAGAUAAUCAUGAGUUAUCUAUAACACCAAUUCCAGAAAUAAUUAAUGAUGAAGAUGAUGAAAAUAUUAAUACCAUAAAAUCUUCAAAAUCACAAGUUGAUGAAAAUGCUCCACAACAACAAUCAUCACCAUCAUCAUCUGUAAUCGUUGCAACUCCAGACGAUAAUGGAUCGUUAUCGGCGACAACAACAGCAAUAACAACAAUGGAAACAACGAAAACGGACGAUAGAACAUCUCCUUUAAAUCAUCAUACUCUCCGUGAAAAUCAACAAAUAUCAGAUCGUACAUCUCCUGUCAAUGGUCCCGGUUUAGCUAAACCUAUAUCAAUGACAUCAUCUUUAAAAGAACAUCGUUCAUCACCAUCAUCUACAACUACUACUGCAGGAAAAAAACGUAUUGAUGCUGCAUUAGAAAAAAAUAUUGAAACCAUUGUUACACAAGUCCGUCGUACUACAACAAAACCAUCACAAUUAACACAAAAUGAUUUACAAUUGUUUGAUAGUACAUCAUCAACAGAUAGUAUUAAAAAUGGUCAUCAUUCACGUGAAACAACACCAAUUACAUCAAAUACAAAUCAUAAACAUGUAUCAUCUUCAUCAUCACGUGAAAUGACACCAGAUUCAAUUAAUGCUGAUUCAGCUAACGAAGAUCAACAACAAACAAUACGAAAUGGACAUCAUUAUCAUCGUUCCGUACAUCAUCCACAAUCAGCAACUGUUGAUUUAACUCCGCCAUCUAUACCAUCCUAUGGACAACAAGCAUGGCCUCCUGCUGUUUAUCCAUUUACUCAUCAACAUCCUGGACUUUAUUUACCUUAUCCACCACCACCAUCAGCUACAACAUCAACACCAACCAAUGGUAUACCAACAUUUUAUCCAACAUAUGAUCCAUUAUUAAUUGAACAACAUUAUGGUCCACAAGGAUUAUCUGCUUAUUAUAAUCAACAACAACAACAAGCUCGUCUUUUACAAGAACAUUCAAUAAUGUCAGGUACGCCAAACAGUACAUCUUUAUUUAGAGAAUCACAAUCAUUAACAGAUAUAUUUAAUAAUUCAAUAAAUAAUACGAAAAUUCCAAAUCGUAUAAAUCCACGUCUAACAAAUUUGAAUGAACAACAGCAGCAACAAAUCAUGCUUUCACAUCUUUAUCUUAAUCAAAUUAGUUCACUUCCAUAUGUAACAUUAUAUGAAAAUUCUACGCCAUCACAUCAAUUUAGAUUUAAUGGAGAUAUUGAUAAUCUAUCAUCAUCAAUAACAACACCAACAAGAGAUCAAGGUGAAAAUUCUCCUGUUGGUAGUGGUGAAUCAGUAAAAUCAUCGGAUUCAAUAUCAACGGGACAUAGAAAAAAGAAAUCAACAUCACAAUCAUCUCAACAACAACAAAUAACUAAUGGUAGUUUAGCGAAAUUAUCACCAGAUUUAUCAUCAGAUGGUGCUGGUACAAAUGAUGCUGAUAGUAUUAUUUCAGUAGAAAGUCAAAAAUCAAAUACAAAUGCAAGUAUGCCAGUACUUGAAGAUGGUUUAUCUGAUUCAGAGAAUUUAAGCGGUGAAGAACAAUCAUCUCCAAUAAAAUCAAAAAUAAAUGGUCGUCAUCAAUCGACUCAAAGUGAUUUUUUAUUUGAUUCAAAUCAUUCAUCAUUAGUAACUUCGUCACAUAAACGACAAUUUGCUAAAUCAACAACAAAUGGUGUUGAAUCUCAAUCAAAUUCAUUUUAUAUACGUCCACCUCCACCAUCAUCAUUUGUUCGACCUGUAACAAAAACAGCACGUUCAACACCACCUAUUUCUACAAAUGAACCAAAUUUAAAUCAACCAAAACCAUCAUCUGAAGAAACAUCAACUAUUCCGGCUGAUUAUGAUACUGAUGAAGAAACAGACAAAUUGCUUGGUGUUGAACAUCGUAUUAAUGCAAAAAAUCAAGCUAUUCGUGAUGCUGCCGUUUCAAAACCAUCAAAUAAACUUCCUAAAACACAAGAAGUUCUUAUUCAAAAAUUUGCUAAUCCAGAAAACUCAUCAGUACUUAUUGAAGGCGUUUUAUUUCGUUGCCGUUAUCUUGGUUCAACACAAUUACUUGUCGAAGGAAAUCCAACGAAAGCAUCACGUAUGAUGCAAGCACAAGAAGCUGUUGGACGUAUUAAAGCUCCACAAGGUGAAAGUCAACCAUCAGUUGAAGUCGAUUUAUUUAUAUCAACUGAAAAAAUUAUGGUUUUAAAUACUGAUUUACAAGAUAUUUUAAUGGAUCAUUCUUUAAGAUCAAUAUCUUAUAUUGCUGAUAUUGGUGACCUUGUUGUACUAAUGGCUAAACGACGUUAUUUACAACAUACAGAUGAUAAUACUAAUGGUACUGAUGAGUCUAAUGAAACAACGACUCGUCGUGUUGUAUCAAUUAAUCAAAAAAUGAUUUGUCAUGUUUUUGAGUCAGAUGAAGCUCAAUCAAUCGCUCAUUCGAUUGGACAAGCAUUUCAAGUAGCAUAUGUUGAAUUUUUAAAAGCAAAUGGUAUUGAUGAUCCAAGUUUUACACGUGAUAUUGAUUACCAAGAAGUAUUAAAUCAACAAGAAAUUGGUAGUGAAGAACUAGAUCGAUUUUCUAAAAAAGAAUGUCAAAAAGAAGUUAUCGUUCCAAAAGGAAAAAAUGAACCACUUGGUAUUGUUAUUGUUGAAAGUGGUUGGGGAUCAAUGUUACCUACAGUUGUUAUUGCAAAUAUGAUGCCGAGUGGACCAGCAGCAAGAUGUGGACAUUUAAAUAUUGGUGAUCAGAUUAUAUCAGUUAAUGGAAUUAGUUUAGUUGGAUUACCAUUAUCUUCUUGUCAAACACAAAUAAAAAGUGUUAAACAUCUUACAACUGUACGGUUAGUCGUUGUUCCUUGUCCGCCAGUUGUUGAAGUACUUAUCCGACGACCGGAUACUAAAUAUCAACUUGGUUUUAGUGUACAAAAUGGCAUUAUAUGUAGUCUACUUCGUGGUGGUAUUGCUGAACGUGGUGGUGUACGUGUUGGUCAUCGAAUCAUUGAAAUAAAUGGACAGAGUGUUGUUGCUACUCAGCAUGAAAGAAUAGUUAGUAUGUUAUCAAAUUCAAUCGGUGAACUUCGAAUGAAAACAAUGCCAACACAGAUGUAUCGUCUAUUAACUGGACAAGAAAAUCCAAUAUAUAUAUGA